AUGUCGAGAUAUGGCAUCCCUGACAAGCUCAUUACAGACAACGGUCCACAGUUUGCUAAUGAGGAGUUCAAGAAAUUCUCAAAGACAUAUGGAUUCGAACUUACAACAUCAAGUCCCAGAUAUCCGCAGGCGAACGGACAAGCUGAAAGAACUGUGCAGACAGUGAAAAACAUAUUAAAGAAAUCUGAGGAUCCAUAUAAAGGCUUGUUAGCUUAUAGAAACACAGUCAUUGAAGAUCUAGGACUUUCACCAGCUCAAAUGUUUUUUGGUCGAAGAUUAAAAACAGAUAUACCAACAACAGCUCCACUGUUGUCAUCCGAUAACAUUCCAACAUCUGAUAUCAAGAUGAGACUGAAAAUCAGAAAGGAAAAAGCCAAAAUGUACUAUGAUCAGCAUGCUGGUAAAGAAUUACCUCCCUUGGACAACGGUGAAACUGUCAUGUUUCAGAAGAAUGAAGAAUGGAUACCGGCCAAAGUUGUUGCGAAACAUUCAAAUCCAAGAUCUUACAUUGUCGAAACUAGAAACGGAAAGAAAUACAGGAGGAACCGAAAGGAUAACAAACCAACACGUGCGUCGUUUCCUGAAAACAAUGAAACCGUGUCGCGAUCGGUCAACAUACCUGUAGAUAGAGUUCCCUGGAAGGAAAAGUCUAAAGAUUAUGUAAAAGAACCAAUAGCAACAAGAUGUGGCCGCGGUGUAAAAUUACCAAAGAAAUUCCAGUAA